AUGGAGAAGAACCAUAACCCUAAUACAUGGUCGGAGCUUCCUCUAGAUCUCUUGAACUUAGUUUUCAAACGCCUCAGCUUAGUUAAUUUCCAACGAGCUAAAUCCGUAUGCUCCACUCGGUACUCUGUUUCGAGACAAUGCGUGCCCGAACGUCAGAUCGCUUUGCUGAUUCUCUUCCCCAAAGAAGACAACACCGAUAACAGUACUUGUAAGUUGUUCAAUCCCGACGAAAAAGACAAACUUUACAAGAUGCAAGAUCUUGGUGUGGAAUUUGCAAAGAGUGUUUGUAGGGCAACUUAUGGAAGUUGGCUCCUGAUGCAAGAUUCAAAGUAUCAUCUAUACAUUUUGAAUAUAUUCACUCGCAAGAGGAUCAAUCUUCCUCCUGUGGAGUCACAACUUGGCAUGGUAAAGAUUGAACGAACCAUAUAUGAUUGGUUUCACUUUUCACACGGUCACUAUAGCUUUUCGCUAAGUUCCCCUGUGUUUUGGAUUGACGAGGAAUCCAAAGAUUAUAUAGUUAUGUGGGGACUUGGAGUUUAUUGUGUGGUUUAUGCCAAGAAAGGAGAUACCUCGUGGAAUCAAAUCCCCCAAACUUCAUAUUUUUAUGACAUGGUUUACAAGGAUCACAAGCUUUACUUCUUAAGCAGUACUGGUACUUUCCAAAUCUUAGAUUUUUCUGAAGAGAUGGACAACAAAACUUCCAAGGUGGUAUGCUUGUUAGAUAGAAAACUUGUAGUCACGGUAACAGGAAAAGCCCUCAAGGUUGCAAAAAUGUGGAGACCUACAUAUAGAACAUGGUCCUUUCGGGUUUUCAAGAUUUCUUCAUCAGGAUAUGAAAAACUUGAUUCUUUGGGUGAUGAGGCAUUGCUUUUGGAUCUAGGCAUCACUGUGCUCGCCAGUGACGUUGAGGGAUUCAAAAGAAAUUCCAUCUAUUUCAGUUGUAGACCUAGUGGUGGUUAUGAAACUAACGCAAGUGAUUUAUUUCUUUUCAAUCUCGAGACACAGAAGAUGGAGCUACUGCACAAAUUUGAUUGUUCGUCCCUUCAACUCUAUAGAUCUCGAUGGUUCUUACCAAGUUUGACUCACACAUGA